AUGAAUCUAUUUGAUGUUGCUGAUUACUAUAUAAACAAGAUUGUGACAUCUCAAUCGAAAUCUAGUGUAGCCAAUGUCAACGAACACCAAAGGAUUAAGGUUCUACUGCUGGAUAAGAACACCACACCUACAAUAUCUCUAUGUGCCACUCAAAGUGAUUUGCUGAAGCAGGAAAUCUACUUGGUAGAGAAAAUUGAAAAUGAGCGACGCGAUGUAUCCAGGCAUUUAAGAUGCUUAGUCUACGUUAAACCCACAGAGGAAACGUUGCAAUAUCUCUUACGUGAAUUGAGAAAUCCACGGUAUGGCGAGUACCAAAUAUUUUUCAGUAACAUUGUUUCCAAGUCUCAAUUAGAAAGGCUAGCUGAAUCAGACGAUCUGGAGGCCGUCACUAAGGUGGAAGAAAUAUUUCAAGACUUUUUCAUUUUAAAUCAGGAUUUGUUUUCUUUAGAUUUGCAGCCAAAAGAAUUUUUGAGUAGUAAGCUAAUUUGGAGCGAAAUGGGGCUAACAGAAUGCACCAACAGUCUGGUAUCUGUGCUUUUAUCCCUGAAGAUAAAACCAGAAAUUAGGUUCGAAAGUGCUAGUAAACUGUGCGAACGACUAGCUAAAGAAGUUUUUUAUGAGAUUGGUAAGAAUGAAAGGACUUUUUUUGAUUUUCCUGUGAUGGAUUCAACACCUGUAUUACUGAUCUUGGAUCGCAAGACUGAUCCUAUAACCCCUUUACUGCAACCUUGGACCUAUCAGUCAAUGAUUAAUGAGUAUAUAGGUAUCAAGCGAAAUAUAGUUGAUCUAUCGAAGGUGCCUAAGAUUGAUAAGGAUCUGGAAAAGGUCUCCUUAUCAUCGAAACAAGAUGCCUUCUUCAGGGACACCAUGUAUUUGAAUUUUGGGGAACUAGGCGAUAAAGUAAAACAGUAUGUGACCACUUACAAAGACAAGACACAAACAAACAGCCAAAUAAAUUCUAUUGAAGAUAUUAAAAACUUCAUUGAGAAGUACCCCGAGUUUAGGAAACUAUCUGGAAAUGUAGCUAAACAUAUGGCAAUAGUUGGGGAAUUAGAUAGACAAUUGAGAAUACAAAAUAUAUGGGAAGUAAGUGAAAUAGAACAAAAUCUAUCUGCACAUGAUGCCAAUGAAGAGGAUUUUUCUGAUCUGAUUAAAUUGUUACAGAAUGAAAAUGUAGAUAAAUAUUACAAGUUAAAACUUGCAUGCAUUUUUUCUUUUAAAAAUCAAGCCAACUCAGACAAGGUUCAAAAACUAGUAGAGAUUUUGGCGCAACAACUUCCUCCCGAAGACGUUAACUUUUUUCAUAAGUUUAAAUCGCUUUUUAGCCACCAGGAUAAUAUUAGUCAAAAUAAACACGAUAAAGACGAUAUACUAACCGAACUAGCAAGAAGAUUUAAUAGCAGAAUGAAUUCUAAGAGUAACACUGCUGAAAAUGUUUAUAUGCAACACAUUCCAGAAAUCUCGACAUUACUAACAGAACUCUCCAAAAAUACUCUAUCCAGAGAUCGUUUCAAAGCAUUAGAUACUCAAAAGCAUGGGGCGACUCAAGCCCAAUUUAAUAAGGAUGUACCUCAAGAUGUCAUAUUGUUUGUUAUUGGCGGCGUAACUUAUGAGGAAGCAAGACUGGUUCAUGAAUUUAACGCAACAAUGAAUAAUAGGAUGAGAGUAGUCUUGGGGGGUACUUCCAUGCUCUCGACUAAAGAGUAUAUGAAUUCCAUUAGAAAUAUGAAAUAA